GAGUACAAACCACCUGUGAGAGAAGAGCAGCAUACACCUUGGCGUGUUCGCGUCGUUCAGCGUCAGUUUAGCUGUAUCUGUUAGAGAGUUCAGAUCCACGCAUACCUUCGAAAUCGCAACAAGAUGGCGCCAAAUGUCAAAUUAGCAGAAAAAAGGAACAAUACCGAAUUGGAUUCUUCGGCGGUUAUCGACGACAAUACCAACAGCCAAGGCAAGCCGCGAAGUAAGUGGACUAAGAAGAGGCAGUCACCGAGUUUUAAAAAAUCUAUUAUUCACCGAGUAUUGGUGAAUAAGGAAGCUAGAUCGAAAAUCUGCCUCGAGUUCGACCUAGCAGAAUCAACACUACGAGGGUGGCUUGAUUCCCCGCUCGCCCAAGAGGUUCUUGAAGAGGUAGGCAUCUCCAAGCCAAGCGUCGAAAAACCAACUAUUGCCAGUGCUGUAGAUGUGUCAUCCCCACCACCACCAUCGUGCCUCUCGGAGCGAUUCGGAUCUGUGGCCAAUAUGCCGCUUAAUUCGAUACUGGGAUACUGUUCUAAGCUGUUAGAUCAGUUUUUAAUGGAUCCCAGUAGUAUCGACACCGAGAAGCUCAUCUACCUGGAGCGAAGGUUGCAGUCCGAGAUGUCGAAGACUGAAGUUCUGGAGCUUCUAAAAUUUUUAGAAGAUAUGGACGCGGCGAAGAUCCAGCGAGCAGCUGAGGCAGCGAUAAGAUGCCAUCAGCGAUCACAAAGAGAGCCGCAAUGAUAGUCAUUUGUGUUAACAAUAAUGAAACCUUAUAAUGGUGGCUGUAAGUCAUUAUUUUAAGAGUUUAAAAUAAGGCUUGUGAGGCAAACAAAAUUAUAGCAGCCGUAAGGGCGGCUACGCAUUACCCACAAGUGAAGUAGCGUCACGGAGGGCACAUAAGGAGGC